AUGCGCUUUUCAAGUGAGCAAUCGAAGCCGGAGCUCAGCAAUGGUGGUGGUGUUGAAACCAACCAAUCACCAGGACAGUGUCAAUCAUUGCAAGGUCAAAGGGUGAGGGUAAAGGAACUUCAUUGCGGACAUGAUGCUGCUGUUGGGAUUGGUGCUGAGUACAUUGAUCCUGAUCGUCUGCCUGUGCAGAAUUCGACACAUUUGGAUUGGAGCGAUGAGAAACAUAGUCCACUGGGCAAUGGAAAUUGUUCAGGUGGCAUUGCUUAUUUUGGUUAUUGCUACAAGUUUGUUUCUGAGAAAAAGACUUGGAUUGAGGCUGAGCUGCAUUGCCGAGACUUGGCUGUAGGGGGCCAUCUUGCUUCCCUGCACUGGAUGGAGCAGAUGAACAUUCUUGCAGAAAUGGUACAUAAAUCCCAACACCGUUAUCCUGAAACAUGGAUCGGUUUGAGCGACAUCCACAAGGAGGGCACUUUUCUAUGGAGUGAUGGAUCUGCAUCAGAUUUUAUGUUUUGGGCUAAAGGUGAACCCAAUGAUCACAGCUCACGGGAAGAAUGUGUGCAUGCCUUUUUAUCGAAUUCACUUCCUUGGAACGAUGCAUUUUGCAAUGUGAAAUUCUCCUUCCUUUGCUCCUACAAACUGCCGUGUCCUUGCUCACCGUGAAAGAAGCAAUCGCUGCUCCAUGGAUCCUGUCUGGGAGACGAUCUCGUGCUCCUAUCUGCUUGUAGUUGUUGUCAAAGUCCAUGAUGACUGUAUUGCCUUAGUUUC